ACCUGUCCGAACUUGUUCUCCCGAUAUGACAGCUUGAAUAACAAUCAAGCAAGAUUAAUUAGACCGUUUCAUAAUCAAGAAUUUAUGCAGAUGUAAACACAUCUAUAAGCAGGUGUAAAUAAACUGUUGAAAAAGAACUUUCACAAAAAUAACUAGGAAAUGGCUCCAGUCAAAUUAUCUGAUAAGAAAGAAAGCAUAGAAGAUGAAUUUUUAGACCCCCCUCGUCGAGAAGUGGGGUUUAGACCAACCUUGUAUGACACUAAAGGUGAAUAUGAUGUCGCACAAAAAGGAAUCGUUAAGGCAAUGAUUAUUCCAGGAAUUAAAAACAAUCUUGCUUCAAGUAUAUGUGCCUUUUUGACGUUAACAGCACUUGUAGGUGCAGGAGUAGUGUCGGGAAAGAAAGACGCGUUAAUGUCCUCCUACAUGUUAAACUUUCGUAUCUUCUUUUCUUGCCUAACUGUUGCUUCAUUAGGAGCCACAUCUUUUUCUGAGGAGAUGGAAGUUGAAAAUAUAAAAGCAAGGAAAGAAUUAAAACUUUUAGAGGCUCAGAAAGAAUGAAUCAGACAACACGGAAAUAAAAUCUUCAUGUAGACUUUCAAGCUUGUUUUUAAGAAAAACUUAAUAUAAUU